AUGAAACGUAUUGCUGGCGACAUAGGAGUAGACUUCGAUAAGACUAACGCGCCUCCUGAUAUCUUAGCAGUGGUUGACUUCACGGAGAAACUCCACCAAAUACCAGUGCCAGAUCUCAAGGAUCUACUUGAGGACAACGAUUAUUUCAAUUCAUCGGAUUUCCAAAACUUGAGCGUUGUGGAAAGAACUGCCUACAAGCACCAGCAAAAGUUGCAUGAUUAUAUACGAAGUGAUCCACCGGUUUCGCGUCCUAGUGACGAGUACAUGAAGAGAAUGGACGAACUCCUCAACAGAACGUCACCACGUACUAUUACCAAUUAUGUGAUUGUUCAGUAUAUUCUGGCAUGGUUACCACUACUGGGAAAAAGUUAUUACUCACUGGUGCAAGUGUGA